AGAGGCGCGGGCUGAGUGGAGGAAUUAGCGUUCUGCGGCUGCAGGCGUUUGUGGUUGACUUGCAGAAAAUCACGCAAAGGUAGUGUUGGGGUCACAUUCCAAGUACAUAAUAACUUGUGGGCGUGAUAUGGAGGAGCGACUGUCGCCGAGGGUGUGCUUUGAGGAGUCUAGUGGGGAGCUGGAACCAGAAUGGGUGAAACGAGGCGUAAGUUGGCACGAGCGAACUGAUCACGACCAACUAGAGAAGGCCAGUUUGUUGGGCCAGGAAUCUGCUCUUGGGAAUGCGCCACAGAAGAGGUGGCGGGCGAAGAGUCUGAGCAUGGGACAUGGGAAGGUGAUGGAUUCCUCCGCUAGCUAUUGGAAGAAACAACCGACGGACCUUGCGAUAGAGAUGGAUCAUGUGAAUGCAGACAACAGGUCGUCGCAGCUAAAGAGAAGCAGUCUUCCUCAUGGAUCCGAGACGCAGAUCAACUCGCAGUCAGGCCCAGAGAUGAAUAAGGAUGACUUGGAUGUGAGCUCAAAUUGGCAGGGGUUUUUCCAGGUGGACUCGAGCCACACAAACUCGCAGAAAAUACCAGCAUUGCUUUCUCGGCUUCCGUACUCAGGCGAAAACGACACGAACAUUAUUGAGAACCCUGCAUUUGCAUUCGAUGCUGUGAGGACCACUGGGGACAGGUUCAACCGAGGGGAGGAGUUGAGGAGUCUUCGUCUGCGCAAGAGCUCUAGCAGCAGCCAGCACAAUUCGCCUCGGGAUGACGUCGUUCUCAGUGCCUCCACAAUGUCAACUAGUCCUUACAACAGAGCGAAGUCGAGAUUUGCUGAGCCAAGAAAGCCAAUGGAUCACUUUACCGGUAGUCCCCGGAGAUCGGGGGUUGUGCGAUCCGGCCAGCGAGUUUCUGAUCCACAAAGAUCACAACAUUUGCGAUCUGGGAAGCUGUGGUCUGGUCAGCUGAAGUCGCAGAUGAUGAAGUCAGGAAUGAUGCCUCUUGGGCCCUUGGAGGAAGACGAGGACCCUUUCAAUGACUUGGACAUGCCCGACCGCCCCAAGUUUCAGAGGAAACUGACAUGUGGAGUGUGCUUGGAGUGGAUAGCGUUCUUUGUGCUACUCGGUGCCGUGAUUUGCAGCAGGGUGCUUCCGAAGGCAAGAAACAUGGCCUUGUGGGGGCUUUUGCUUUGGAAAUGGUUUCUUCUGGCGCUGGUAAUCGUGUGCGGUCGUUUGGUCUCGGGGUGGGUGGUGCGCUCGCUAGUUAUCGUUUUCGAGAUCAACUUCUUAUUGCGAAAGCGGGUGCUGUACUUCGUCUAUGCUUUGCGGCGGGGUGUCAGAAACUGUAUCUGGUUAGCAUCGGUGCUUAUGGCAUGGAAUUUCAUGUUCGACUCAAGAGCACAGGCACUCAGCGCGAAGCUUGUGUAUAUCACUAAGGUCUUACAAUGCAUUCUUCUGGCAGCAAUACUAUUCCUAGUUAAGGUGUUUUUAGUGAAGUUGCUGGCGUCGAGCUUCCAUGUCGGCACUUAUUUCGAGCGGAUUCGCGACUCUCUGUUCAAUCAGUAUGUUUUAGAAAUUCUCUCCGGGCCGCCAGUACUUGAGAUGGACAGAUUAAAACAUGAGGACGAGAAGUUGAUCGAGGAAGUUUCAUUGCUGAAAAAAGCUGGUGCAACGACGAAGGGGUUGGAAGGGUUGCCAGGAAUUGGGGAGAAUACUGAAGCCCGAAUGUCCAAAAACCUCGGAAGAAGUAGGACUGGCAUUUCUAGGGAGGUCAAACCAGGCUCUAACAUCACUAUAGAACACCUGCACAAGCUGAAUCGGAAAAAUGUUUCAGUUUUCAAUAUGAAGCGUCUCAUCAAUUUGGUCAAGCACCAAGGAGUCACUACUUUUGGCCAAGGACUUGAUGGUGGCGUGGGUAAAGGAGUGGAUACAGAGAUCAAGAGCGAGUGGCAAGCCAAGGUUGUUGCCAAGGAGAUUUUUGACAACGUUUCAAGCCCUGGGGCACCACAUAUUAUUGAGGAGGAUCUUCUGCGAUUCUUGUCAGAACAGGACACCAUUCGUACACUCGCUCUUUUUGAAGGUGCCAUGGAGACGGGGAAGAUCACAAAGAAGGCUCUCAAGAGCUGGGUGGUGAAUGUGUAUCAAGAGAGACGUGCACUUGCUUUGUCACUCAGUGAUACUAAGAGUGCUGUCAGCAAGCUCCACCGCAUUAUCGAUGUUAUCCUAUUCGUUAUAGUGGUUGUUAUCUGGCUUCUCAUCUUGGAUAUUGCUACAACACAACUUCUGUUAUUCGUUUCGUCUCAGUUGGUCCUUAUGGUGUUCAUAUUUGGGAACACACUCAAGACUGUAUUUGAGGCCAUCGUCUUCGUUUUCGUCCAUCACCCAUUCGACGUCGGAGACCGGUGCCUCAUUGAUGGAACUAUGUACGUGGUUGAAGAGAUGAACAUUUUGACGACAGUGUUUUUAGGAGAUUUCAAUGCGAAAGUCUGGUACCCUAACUCGGUGCUCGCCUCGAAGCCCAUAACAAACUACUAUCGAAGUCCAGACAUGGGUGAUAUGUUUGAGUUCUUCAUUGCAACAUCCACUACUGCUGAGAAGAUAGGACGGCUCAAAGAGCAUAUUGGCAGGUACAUCACAGGCAAUCCUCAGCAUUGGAAAGAAACUUUUGUUCUCAACUGCUUGGAUUGUGCACCAGAUACUGGAAAAUUGAAACUGGUUGUGGGACUCUCACACACAAUGAAUUACCACAACAUCGGGGAGAAGGUUGCCCGAAAGUCUCAGCUCAUUCUAGAGAUGAAGAAGGGCUUUGAGGAAAUCGGCAUCGAGUAUCACCUUCCCCCGCAAGACGUGCACCUCAAGUCCAUUCCUGGAACGACAAUCAACUUUGAUCGGUCAUUGUAAACAAAAUGUAAAAACUGGAUGCGGCGCAUCGACGAUGUAUGCAUCUAUAGUUUGAAAACGUGUUCAAAAACUCGAAAUGUGUACCAUACUUUGAGGUGAGUUGAGGUCCCUGAUAGCAGGAUUCAAAGUCUCCUGCAGUUUUAGCUCCAGAAUUCUUCGAGACAGCCUAGAAUAUCAUUUAAGAGUGUGAUUUCUGACACUCUUGAUUAGCCUGUUAGCAGGCCCCGAAGUGGGAAAUCCUGUCUUAAUUCCAUAUAUAUAUAUACAUAUACAAGACAUUGUUCUAUUGAGGUGGGCUGUCCAUGAACUACGGUGUUAAGAAAGUCGUAGUAUAUUAGAUACAGUAGUUACAGUUUUUGCGGAGAUUUAGUGUGGAUUGGGGCAACCUUGAAUUGGGACCCGAAUGUGAAAAAUUGCUGACAAUCUUUUUAAUGAAAGAAUAGCUGGACUUCUUUAACCAUAA